AUGGACGAGUCAACUUCGACAGGAUCAUCGACGAUGAUUAAGUUAACCUCUUCAAAUUACUCCAUUUGGAAGCCAAGAAUGGAAGACAUACUUUAUUGCAAGGAUUUGUAUCAACCUUUGCAAGAUAAAGGGACGAAGCCAACCGACAAGUCAGAUGAUGAUUGGAAUGUGAUGAAUAGGAAAACAGUUGGACAAAUUCGACAAUGGAUAGAUCAAAGUGUCUUCCAUCAUGUUGCGCAAGAAACGGUUACGUACACAUUAUGGACGAAACUAGAAACAUUGUACGAGAGAAAAACAGCCCAGAAUAAAGUUUCUACUAUUCGGCGAUUGGUGAACCUCAAGUAUAGAGAAAACCGGAGUGUUCCGAACACUUGA